AUGCGUUAUUCACUUUUCUUUAUAUUCGUUCACACUGCGCUUGCUACUCCUAAGGCAGGGGGCACAAACCAAGAGAGUGAGGCUUCAACGGCCAUAACACAUACAGACGGUAAUUUGGUUACGACAAAUACAAACGCUAGCAAUACCAAUUCCAAUAUUAUUAAACGAGGCUAUGUUACCGUCACUUGCAGUGAUUCGCAAGAAACUAUUUUGAAAGCGGCUAUGCGAAAAUGUAAAACCUUCGCCGAUGCAGCCUACUACGCCGUUAAAAAUAAUCAAAAGUUAAGGCGCAAAUAUUUUAAAACCGACAGCGCGAAACACAUUAAUGCUAUCCGCGACGUUUACUGGAAAAUCGAGCAAGGAUGCGAUUUAAACAUAAAAGAUAUCCCCUUUCGUUGUGAGGAAGACGGUAGUGAUUGUGAGGACUGUAACGCUUACGUAUAUCGUUCCAAGGCUAGAGUUCAUUUAUGCCCUAUAUUUUUUACAUACUCUCUUAACUUUAGAGCUAAAAUUCUUAUACACGAACUUUCGCAUCUUGAUUGC